UUUCCCCUUCCUACCACCAGCAGUCCCACAUUUUCCUUCUCUCUCUCCCUAUCCUUUUCUGUUCCCACCCCAAUUCCCACCUUUUGGUUUUCCACCAUCCACAUUGUCACCCCUCUACAGAUAUCCCCUCUAGUUCAAUCCCACCAUCACACCCCUCACAAUCAUCUACACUGCCUAAAAAAACUUCCGUGACUACACCUCCACUAUCUAAUAUUGUCACCAAACCAAAUACCUCUUCACCUUUAUCUGAUCAUGAGGGCAGAAAAGUUUCUUUCCGUAUUGAUGCAAAGUUUUUCUCUUUUUCUUUUAACGGAGGCCGGCCUGACUCGUAUGCUAUCCACGAGUGCAGCCAGCAUGCCAAGCACUCUAUUUCGGUAGGAUGUAAAGGCUUUGAGUGGAUUCUUUUGUGUUUUGUUGAUAUUCAUGAUUGGGUUCUGGGGAAAGUUUCUCAUUGUAAAUGGUUCCAGGAAAAUAAUAAGCCGUUGGAAUUUUGUGGGAGAUCGAAUAAGGCUGGCAUUUUUGUGGUCAUAGCAGAGUACUAUGGUGGGGCUCGUCAAGGGUGUGUUAUGAUUCCAGCAAGCACUAACUGUUUGGGGUGGUCUUUGUUUCACAAAGAGUUGGGUUUCUUCUUCUCCGGUGAUAAAUCAAGGCCAUGUAACAGAGGAGGGAGCGGUGAUUUUCUGCCAGCCAAUGGUGGCCGGAAUAGACUAGCUAGGAAUAAUUAUGGGAACCAACGGAAACUUAGGAAUUUUGAAAUUUUGGGAGAUAAAUUGGGUAAUAAUGUGAUUCUUAGAGAUUCUACCAAAUUAAAUGGUAGACCCACACAUGCAUUUACUUUUAAGUUGACUACUGAGAACUUGGCUUUGAGAGUUUUUAAACCUGAAGAUGGGAAGAGAAAGUGCUUUAAGCUAAAGCCCAAGUAUACUAAGUAUGGGCCUUUAAAGGUAGAAACCUGGAUUAAGCCCAGUGAUAAGGAUGGGCUCUUUAAUGAAAAGGUGCAAAGGCCUCUUAUUCCCUCUAAUACUAUGCAAUUGCAAGCUGAUUCUGGGCCUGGGAAAAGUGGAGUCUUGGUCAGAGCAAGCCGCCCCAUUCUAUUACCAAACAUAAUUGGGAGAAGCUCAUCCGAAACUAGAGUGGUCACGGCAAAUCCUAAAGCUCAAGCUAAAGGGCUUUUAGCCCAAUCUCAUGCGCUGGAGACUGGGGGUCUGAAGCCGAUACAUGGGAGCGUCGAUGAGAGCUCGAACGCUGGUGGGUGCAUGCCAAUGGAAGUUUCCUGUGCACCGGGGGCCGAGACAGACAUGGAAAGAGUGCGUAGCUCGUCCGAGGUGGAUCCCGACUCUAGCAAGGAUGGUGAGGCACUCUGACCCUCUGGGGUCACCGGAGAUACGUUGGUUACCUCAGUGAUUACGGCAAUGGAGUCUCCGAUUCUGAAAAAUGGGUCACAGUCUCAUCGUCAGCAUCAGUGGGUGGAUCAAAAUCGUUUUUCCCCUUUGUCUGAGCUGGGUAAUGAGAUGGGUGUUGAGUUCGGGGAAGGGGAAGAUCGAGAAGAGGAUUUUAGUGAGUACCAUGAACUGGCAGUACAGCCAAGGUCAGUGGAUACUGCUGGGUUUUGUCAGAAUGAUUCUGGGCUUCUUUUCCUGCUGUGGGACAACAGUGGGGCCAAUAAUUGUGGUGGUGGUAGUGGGGUGAAAGAAAACUGUUUUUUGGAGUGUAAUCCUCUGUCUCAGUAAGAUCCCAAUACACUCAGUGAGUUGGUGAUGGUUCAGGAUGAUGCAGGAGGAGCUUGGAUGGCAGAUGCUGAACCAAAUUCAAGUUGGGUGUCCCAACUGAUUAAAGAUUUUUGUAAUAUGGUGGGUUUUCCUAUUGUGAAACAUGAAGCUCAAUGUUUGGCUCUAUUUCACCUUCUUGAACAAGAAUGUCUCAAGGUGAUUGAUGAUGGGGUGCCUAAGCAACCAGCAAACUCAAGGACACGAGGUCUCGGGGAGCUUAAGGGGCUUAUUUCUAAUGUUAAUUAUGAUGGUGUCUCUUCUAGAAGUAGGAGCAGAGCUUCUUCAGAUGCUGUGGGGGUUGUUGGUAGUUAUAAAUGGCUCUACGCCUGCUUUCUUGGAAUGUAAGGAGGCUUAACAAUCCUCGAAAGAGAGAGGUUUGUAAGAAUCUUCUAAAAGAGUGGAAAUGUGAUAUUGUAUAUUUUCAAGAAACGAAAGUAUCUUCCAUCGACAUUGCUUUUGUUCAAAGUUUAUGGGGUAGUCCUUUCAUUGAUUGGGCUGUUUUGGAUGCUGUCCAGACUUCGGGAGGGGUCUUGCUGAUUUGGGAUAAAAGGAUUUUUGAAAAGAUGGAUGUAAUUUUUGGACAGUUUUCUUUCAGUGUCUUAUUGAGAGGGAUGGUGGAUGACUUUGUUUGGGCUUGUACAAGUGUGUAUGGCCCCAAUGAUGAUGGACAGCGGUCUAUUUUGUGGAAGGAGUUAUCACGGGUGCGUGCCAAAGGCCCAUGGCAUGGUGUUUAGCAGGUGAUUUCAAUAUUAUCAGGUACCCGAGUGAAAGAAUUGGUUGUGAGUCUCUUGCUAUGUUUGCAUUCUUGGAUUUUAUAGAGAGUAAUUCUUUAGUUGAUUUACCAUUAAAGGAGCUUCCUUCACAUGGUUUAGAGAUUCUGGUAUCCCCUCUAUGUCAAGAAUUGAUAGGGCUUUGGUUUCCCUAGAUUGGGAGGAACAUUUUGAGAAUGUAUCCCAACGGGUGCUUCCUUGUGUUAUUUCAGAUCAUUAUCCGCUUUUGUUGGAAGCUAGUGUUGUUCAACAAGGUCGAAGUGCCUUUAAAUUUGAAAAUAUGUGGUUGAAAGCUGAGGGUUUUGUUGAUAGAGUUCAGCAAGGGUGGAAUGGUUAUAGUUUCGCAAGCUCUCCAAGUUUUAUUUUGGCACAAAAAUUGAAGGCUCCAAAAGCAAAUUUAAAAAAGUGAAACAGAAAGGUGUUUGGUGAUUUGGCUUUUAGAAAGAAGAAUUUGCUGACUAAACUAAUGGGUUUAGAUGCUAGAGAGGAGUUGGUGGGUCUAUCGAAUGAGGAUCAGAUUCGUCGUAUUCAACUCAAAGGGGACAUAGAACAUUAGGCUCCUCUUAAGAAGAUUUCUUGGAGACAAAAGUCUCGUGCCUUGUAUGUGAAGGAGGGAGAUAAUAAUACUCGUUUCUUUCAUAGAUUAGCAAAUUCCCAUUUAAAUGCUAAUUAAAUUAAAAGGAUCGAGCUGGAUGUUGUUCUUUAUGAGGAUGAGACUAAUGUGCGCUCUCAGCUAGUUCUCUUCUAUCAAGGGUUGUAUGAGGAAACUGAGGUGGAGCACCCUACUAUGGAUGGGUUAGAGUUUGCAGGUAUUGAAGAGGAUGAGAGGUUGUCCUUAGAGAAGGAGUUCACGAAUGAGGAAGUCAUCCAGGUCUUAAGGGAGAUGGAGGGUGAUAAAGCCCCUGGUCCUAAUGGUUUCACCGUGGCUUUUUUUCACAAAUGUUGAAGUGUUGUGGAAAAGGAUGUCAUGGAUUUUUUUGGUUAUUUUUAUCGACACUCUAUGUUUGAACGAUCUAUGAAUGCUUCAUUUCUCACUUUAAUUCCUAAGAAGUGUAAUGCCAUUAAUAUAAAGGAUUUUCGCCCUAUCAGUUUGGUGGGUAGUGAGUACAAGCUACUGUCCAAGGUGUUGGCUAACAGGUUGAGAGCGGUUUUGGAUAAUUUCAUCUCAUACUCAAUAUUCCUUUGUUGGUGGAAGGCAGAUUCUGGAUUCAGUUCUCAUUGCAAAUGAAUGUCUGGAUAGUAGGUUGAAGAGCCGAUUACUGGGUGUGGUUUGCAAG